GAGCAUAAUAAACGGGUUAGUUUAUGUAGCUGGAAUCAGCAGAUCACAACAGAGAGAAAGCAUAAUUUGUUCACAAAAUUAAUUAGAAACAGUGCAAUGUCUGUGUUAAGGCCGGAACUCUUCAAAAAUUGUGUGGCGAUUGUGACCGGUGGUGGAACUGGGAUUGGACGUGCAAUAACCUAUGAGCUGUUAACCUUGGGUGCCAAAGUUGUAAUUGCUUCACGGAGUGCAGAAAAAUUGCAAAUUGCGGUGGAUGAAUUUGCUAAAGUUGGUUCCGGGAAUAUUACCUCGAUCCCUUGUAAUAUUCGAAAGGAGAAUGAAGUCAGAUCCUUGAUAUCAGAGACGCUCAAGCGCCACGGAAAAAUAGACUUUUUAGUCAACAACGGUGGUGGUCAGUUCCUCUCUCCUGCCGCGGACAUGACCCUGAAAGGAUGGAAUGCCGUGAUUGAGACCAAUCUGACCGGAACUUACUUAAUGAUGAGAGAAACAUAUACUCAGUGGAUGCGGGAUAAUGGGGGUGCAAUCGUGAAUAUCAUUGCCGACAUGUGGCGAGGUUUCCCAAUGAUGUCACAUACUGGAGCUGCACGCGCUGCCGUGCUGAAUCUGACCAAGAGCGUGUCUGUCGAGUGGGCGCAAGACGGGGUCAGGGUAAACUGCGUGGCUCCCGGAGUUAUUCAGUCGCCAACUGCGGCAGCGAAUUAUAACGUCGAUGUUUUCGAAGAAGCCAAGAAACGUCUGCCAAGUUGGCGAACGGGUCGCCCUGAUGAAGUCUCCGGCGCCGUGUGUUUUCUCCUUUCUCCUGCUGCACGCUUCAUUUCUGGAACUUGCUUAAAUAUCGAUGCUGCUGGAAGUCUCUAUUCCCCACUUUUUCACAAUGUUGAUGAACAUGACAAACUUCCGGAGUACAAAUGGAUUCCGGAUCCACCAAAACAGUCAAAAUUGUAGCAAAAUAUAUACAUACUAGGGAACUGAUCCAUUUUUCCAUCAGUUUCAGUGAUAAAUAAAAUGUAAACUUGAUUUUGGAAAUUGUAAAA